AUGGAGUUCUUAAACUCGCUGACUGUCAGUGGUUUGCCCCCGCAUUACCUUCGGCUCAAAAUUGGAUGCCCAAUCAUACUAUUGCGGAAUAUCGAUCCCUCUAAUGGCUUAUGUAAUGGAACGAGAUUGAUAUGUAGAGGUUUUCAACAGAACGUAAUCGAUGCAGAAAUAGCUGUUGGUCAGCAUGCUGGAAAGAGAGUAUUUUUGCCGAGAAUUCCUCUUUGUCCAUCUGAAGAUAACAUGUUCCCCUUCAAAUUGAAGAGAAAACAGUUUCCAGUCCGRCUUAGCUUUUCUAUGACAAUCAAUAAAGCUCAAGGACAGACCAUUCCUAAUGUAGGUGUGUAUCUACCGGAAUCAGUAUUCUCUCACGGACAACUUUAUGUGGCGUUAUCAAGAGGGACAUCACGUGAAAAUACAAAGGUAUUAGUAAAGCCUGCCAAAMAAUUCAAUCGUGACGGAGUCUACACAUCAAACGUGGUGUAUCAAGAAGUUUUACGUGAUUAA